ACACUCAGACUGAAGGAGGCAAACACACGCUGCACCUAAGAAUCUCUACCAGCACCCAAGGGACCCCUGUAGGCACCCACGAGCUCACCCCAACACAGCAGACGGUGGGACCAUGAAGACUGUGGUGGCUCUACUUUUGCUCAGUUUGUGUGAUCCUGGAUGGAGUGACUGCCAGGCAGACUGCCUGUCCUGCAGCAAUUUUCUGCCUAAGCAACUAAAUUUCAACAUCAUGGUGUGUAUCAUUGGUUGUGAAGGUGACCUCUCCACAGCCUUUUCCUGGGAUUUCUGCCAUAAGGCACUGUCAGUGCCAGUGUCCUCCCUAGGUGGCACCAUGCAGAAAAGGCCUGAAGAGGAGGUCGAGGCCCUGUUUCCUGAGGUGGAAGAGAAGGUAGAGGGAGGUCUUUUGGUGCCCAUUGCUUUGCAGAGGUUUGAUCAUGUGACCCGGGCACUCAGGGUGGAUGAGCGGGAUCAGAAUGGCAAAGGCAGUCAACUAAGCACUGCUUACAAUUCCCAGGAUGCCCUGCCCCUUGAAUGUGAGGGGGACGCAGGGCAGGAAGAAGGUGAUGCUGACAUAGCAGCAAGAGGACAGGAUGACGUAAGUUUGAGCGUUUCCAAGAGGUUUGGCGGUUUUGUCAAAGGGAGGCAUGGCUACAAGAAGUUGAUGUCUCCAGGAAGAUCAUAUCAGAAGAGGUAUGGUGGCUUCAUUGGCAUUCGGAAGUCAGCCCGCAAGUGGAACAACCAAAAACGUUUCAGCGAAUUCCUGAAGCAGUAUCUGGGCAUGAGCACUCGGGCGACUGAGUUCAACAGUGUGUCAGAGGACCUCACCCAACAGAAUGAAGUUUAGCAAUCUGCACUAUUAAGGUAUUGCCAUAAAACAAUUUUCUGAUGUAUUGUCACUUAUCUUAUUUUGUAUAUCAAUUGUCAAGGUGUCAUUGGAUCAAAGUCAUUUACCAAAAUUGAAAAUGAAGUCCAUAAUUAAAAACCUCUUUGUCACAAGACAUCAAAAUAGCUGUUUCAGUUUUUGUCUUUUAUUUAUCUGGGAAACUAUAUAUGUUUAAUUAUCAAACCUAUUUAUAUGCAUCCUCAUUGAUUUUAAUUCUCCCAUGGAGUAACUACAAACUUUGUCCCCCUUCUGGGGCCAAAUAAUGGUUAAACAUCAUCAGCUUCCAUAUGAAUACUCAACCAUUUUUUGGCACAUUUAAAUGUGUAUUAUGAACCCAUUAAUUUCUGCACUGGGUCGUGUUUAAAGUGUUAAAUCUUACUACAUGAAGGUCUCUGGCUUUGUGGAGGGGUGGGGGAGAGGGUAUAUCAAGUCUAGCAGAAAAACUACUACCAUCUUGUGGUCAAAUGUAUAACCCAGUCCUUGUAAAAAGAAAAUACAAGUGUUUUUCAUGCUUUGACAUUAUUGUUAAGAUAAUGUUAUCAGUAAUCCACUGUAUAACCUACUGCUGUAUAUGAUUUGUGGUAAAUGAAUGAAAACAUGCAAAAACUCCCAGAUUUAUUGGUAUUCUCUUUUUCAGACACACAAUAUAUAACAUUGCUGCUUCAUUAGUCUGUUAAAGUGAUGCCUUUCUGUCAUAGGUCACUUUUAUGUUAAUGUUCCUCAUGGCUUCAUUUAGACAUACCCAUGAUUGUGACAGAAAGAGCAACAGUACGUGUGUAAGACCGAACAGCAGCAUUGAAACACAUGUAAUGUACAAGGCCAAAGUUUUCUUAAGAGAGCAUAGUGCACAAACAGGAGCUCGUUCAAGGAGAAAAUAGCUUUCUCAUGGUAUUACUGUUUAGGGCAUUUUCUAAAACUAUCAUGGUUUUUAGUGAGGUAAGCAACUCACAAAGACACAGAAGAGACAUGACACUGUCAGGAUUGGUAAGUUUACUAUAUGAAACGCUGUGCCCUAAUUGUAAUCUUGUGCAUGCCUGUCCAUUAAUGUGACUGUAAGCAGUUUAGACUUGCACCGUGCUGAGAGCAACAUGUAAAUGUUAUUAGGUCUGACCCAGUAAGAUUGCUUUUGUGACUUUUACAGAAAAGAUACCAGGGUGUUCAUUCAGACAUGAAGCUAACACAUUCCACUGCUGUCAGAUUAAUGGAAAAGAGUGCAGGACUGAAAGGGGCUUAAGUCAAAGCACAUUUGAGACAGGGCUGCUGGGGCAGUUUUAUUUAAAAGGUCUCCAUAUAAAUCUGGUGCAUCUGCAAACUGAAACAUAACAUUCAUACAUAAUUGCUAUAGAUCUUGGCAAGCUGUUGUGACAAGUGUACAAGUUAGCAUCAUCUCUAACUGGCUCUUCUGACCAUACACCAAAUUCCUGCUUGCACAAACAGAAUUUGGUGUUUUUUCUUUCAAAAGUAUAAUGGUGUGAAAUGUUAUUGUUGCCUACUGUGAGAACUUGUAAAUAGCUGAAUUUAAACAUGUCAAUAAAAAUAGUUUACUUUUUUCUUUGCUCCUUAUCAUGCAGCAGCUGAUUCUGUGUCUUGAAGUGUUUUGUUCUUAAUAAUUACAGCCAGUAAGGGGCUGAAUUACUUUAUUUAAAAUGAGAAGGAUUUUAUGUAACUAUGUUUUUUAUAAAUCAGUU